AUGGACAGCGCCAAGAAGCCUGAAGUUUUUGAUUGGAUGGUCAAAAUUAGAAGGAAGAUUCAUGAGAAUCCAGAAUUGCGUUAUGAGGAAUUUGAGACCAGUAAACUGAUUAGAGAGGAAUUGGAUCAACUGGGUAUCCCGUACAAACACCCAGUUGCUGUCACUGGUGUUAUUGGUUUCAUUGGGACAGGAAGCUCUCCUUUUGUUGCAUUAAGAGCUGACAUGGAUGCGCUUCCCAUCCAGGAAAUGGUGGAAUGGGAGCACAAGAGUAAAGUACCAGGAAAGAUGCACGCGUGCGGUCAUGAUGCUCAUGUCACUAUGCUUCUUGGGGCAGCAAAGAUUCUCAAACAGCAUGAAAAAGAGAUACAGGGAACUGUUGUUCUUGUUUUCCAACCAGCGGAGGAGGGAGGUGCAGGGGCUAAGAAAAUUUUAGAUGCUGGAGCCUUAGAUAAUGUUACUGCUAUCUUUGCACUACAUGUGAUGCCUGACAUUCCACUAGGUGAGGUGGCCUCAAGGUCUGGUCCGAUAUUGGCCGGAGGUGGUGCCUUUGAAGCAAUUAUAACUGGAAAGGGAGGCCAUGCAGCUAUUCCCCAACAUUCUAUCGACCCUGUAUUGGCGGCUUCUAAUGUGAUUAUCAGCUUACAGCACCUUGUUUCUCGUGAGGCUGAUCCUCUGGAACCCCAGAAUUUCAAGGCAGUCAUUCUGUCUUCUGUUGUGACAGUUACAAAGUUCCAAGGAGGUGGUGCAUCCAAUGUUAUUCCAGAUUAUGUCACAAUUGGUGGCACUUUCCGAGCUUUUUCUAAAGGAAGAUUGGAGCAACUUAAACAGAGGAUUAAACAGGUUGUCAUUGGUCAAGCUGCUGUGCAGAGGUGUAAUGCAACUGUCAGGUUCCUUGAUGAAACGGUACCUUUCUACCCUCCAACUGUAAAUGAUGAAGAAUUGCACAAGCUUUUUGUUGAUGUAGCCGGGAAUCUGCUUGGCAUCAAUAAAGUUAAUACUGUCAAGACACCAAUCAUGGCCUCUGAAGACUUUGCUCUCUAUCAAGAGGUCAUACCUGGCUACUUCAUCAUGCUUGGAGUGAAGAGUGUAUCACCUAAUCCACUUCAGUCAUUACACUCACCCUAUCUCACAAUCAAUGAAGAUGCACUUCCUUGUGGGGCUGCACUUCAUGCAUCACUGGCUACUACUUAUCUUAUAAAAUAUCAGCAGAAUGUAGCCACGGUAGUCGGGAAAUAUCAUGAUGAAUUAUAA